UGACAAACACACUUACUUGACGCCAAGUACACAUUGGAGAGCACGCUGACUAAAAGAAGGAAAAAAGGAGAUAGACCAGUGUACGCAUUAAUUUGGCUGAGUCGUCGUCCUUGUUUGAGAACGCGAUGGUCAUCGAUCGAUUCUGCGCGGCUCCACGACGAAACAGGAUGGCGGCGAGAAGUACACCACGGACAGCAUCAGCGACUACGGUAGCCGCGCUGUUGCUGCUGGCUUGAGGAGAAAGGACAGGGAAGAGCGAAGGUAGGGUGUGGAGGCUAAUGGGAAGUAGGGUGGGUGAGCACACGUGCAAGGGGGUGUGCGUUGGUGGGUGGGGGCUGCUGAGAGGAAGUUGGAUAGGUGGUAAGGGGAGGUAAACAUAUUUUUUCUGGACAGGGUUCGUGCUCGGGAUAUGACUCGUGCCAUUCUUUUCUUGCUUCCGACGCGUUUAAAAUAUGCAUUGAAGCCGUGACCUAGUGACCUCCCGCCUCAUCUCAGAGGAUUCUUUCCGAGACAACAUUUACCACAACGCUACUUCUCUCUGUUGAUGACACACUGCUUUGUCUGGACUGUAAACAUCCUCUCCUCCCAUCUCUUCGAUGUUGGAUUUGGGUGGACCAACCCUGCGUGCAGCUUGAUGUGUUUGAGGGCCGAGCGUUCUAUCAAGCCAAACCUGCAGUUUGUUUUCUUCUACUAGCACUUUGGACCGCAGAGACUCAUCAGUCAUCAAUCAUUGGAAACAACGUGAGGCUGUAAAGGGUUAAAAUAGAGACUAAGCUAGCAGCUGGGGGCGAAGGCGGGGUAUGAGUGAAGGCUGCAGCCUAAAGGUUUGUAGGUUAGGACUGAAUGAUGAUGACGCCGGCGAUGUUUACAAUGGAAAGAACGAGGGCAACCACGGGGCAUCCAUCUACUGCGCAUGUCCUGUUGCUAGUUUUUUCAUGUCUCCCUCUGACGUCAUCGGUGACCUGUAAUGCAUACGACACGUGUUUCUUGCCCGAAAAGAGGCUGGAGAUGCAGGAGGCGGUGUAUGCUCAGGACAAGGAAAAGGUGUGCAGACUGGUGGCGUCAGCAAUAGAAUGCCUGGAUAAGGCAGAGGACGACUGUAACAACAGCGAGAACGUCCCGGUGAUCAUCAAAACCGGCAUCGAGCAUCGACGAGCCAACAUUAGUUCUUACUGCGUUUCAGAGGCCAGCUGCGCCGGGCGGCUAGCUGUUAGUAGGACUGUCAUCACAGGCUGGACAAUGCUGCUGAUGGUUUCUACAAGCAGUUCGGUCUUAUCUACACUGGCGAAGGAGUUAACCCUUAGUUUCCUUCAUCAUCUAGCCAAGACUUCGUGAUCAGCUUGCAACCUUGAAUGAGGCAGGUGGUUCUCAUCUCACCCUAGGCAGCACAUGGCUUUCAGAGAGCCUGGGACCAAGUGGACACCACGUGGCUGGACGCUGUGAAUGGCUAACGCCUGAGUCUUCAGUAAUGAGCAUUUUAGCAAACUGCUAGCCAAUAGCCUCUAGUAUGCAGCUAGUGACCUCCUGUGUCUCCUGACCCCUGGGAAACAAGGAGUGAUGGAGAGAGGUGUUCGCUAAGAUAUUGUCAAAUGAAGGUGUGUAGGGAGGAGUAGUAGUAACGGAAACCAAGUCGUUGAAGCUUUCGAUAGCAUCCUAGGAAGGUCGUUAUAUUAGUUUCAAAAAUAAGGUCGAUUUCACUUUUGAAACGAUUUUGUGCGACUAGCAUAAAUGUAGUGACACUUUUAUCUAUUUACCAUGGUCUUUGAUGUUUUUUCUUUUGCCUGGCAUGUUGUAUGGCGAUUUGUAAAAAGCAUGGAACAGUAUUUUACACUUGUUACAGUUGUUUAGGUAAGAUAUGCUGUUUUAAGGGGUGAAAAUAUUUUCUCGCUUGGAUGUUCUUUUGAGGAGUAUUUUAGGUGCUAGUCGAAAGUUUCACAUCUUUCGUGCUGGUAUUUUACCUCCGGGAUUUAAAACUAACACCAGAAGGUCCACAAGUACUCAAUGGGAAUUAUGUCACGAGUUUGAAAACUUAUGCUGGCAGUUUCCCUUAACUUGCACAAUAAAUUCAGGUCAGGUGUAGCUUUGUUGAUGGAAAUGCUUUUAAUCUGAAUGUCAGGAUGAAUAAUUACAUUCGUCAAUCAAGUAUGUUUCUGGAAUAUAUGUUGUUCUCAUUAGAACUGCGCAAUUACUAUAAGGCACCCGUGUUUUUCUCAGAGCAACAGGGAAAACAGUUGUUGACGCACAAGGGGAGAUUUCUCGUGUAUGUGGCCUUCUUUUGUUCCAUUUCUCAUAAUGAUCACACUGUCUUGACAUUCUUUCGUGCAUUUCCAGGUUAUAAUCCAGAAUUUCAGCAAGAAAAAGUUGAAAGUUGACAUAACAGAUUUGUUUUUGUUAUCAGCAAAUUGUGACUUGGAUGACCUGGAGUCGUUUUUGAACGCCGUACAGCCAUGUUUCGAGUAUUCAUACUGUUUCUAACGGUUGUUUGUAUAUUGUAAGUUGAAAAAAAGCUGCUUAAUUCUGACGUUUUUUGUUUACUUUCGAGAUACAUAUCACGCUGGUGAAAUAAACAUCACAAAUAGUUAUUACAAGGAGAAAAGCAGAGUAGCAUGUUGUCAUACUGUUUUUUGGUGACUGAUCUUCGUAUUCGAUCAGUCUGCGAUUUUAACUCGCUUUACUUCACAAACUUGUAUCAAUGAUUUUUUUCCUGCAGCCAUCACAGAAGAUUAGGGCAUGUAAACUCACAAUUUUCUUUGCUACCUUAAUAGAACAGUGGAAAGGGGAACAUUAAAUUUUUCUCUUCAAUUUUCUCGUCUCCCCUGUCGUCUCUUUUUGAUAAUUAUUGAUCAGGUUAAACAAGACUUGCACAAUCAGGGUGGAAUUUUUGUCUGGCAGUUUUCCAUUAUGCGGAAUGAGUGGGUGCAGUGAUGUCUUGACACAUCACGUGGCAACGUAUCAUUAUCUGAAGAUUAAACUUUAAUUAAACUGCUCAUCAAAAUGAAGUAUGAACUUACAUGCGAUUAAUAGCAUGCUUUAUUAAAGGACUAUGGGGACAAAGAGUUACAAAAUAAAUAUAGUUACAUACAAGUCUAUAUGCUAUACUAUAUAUCCAUUUGUCUAUGUAUACAGUACAAGGUCCAUUAUUUGUAGGUGUGUUGUUAAAAUGUAAAUGAGAAGUUGAGAUUAGAUAUUGAGAUUAAAUAUCUGCUGUGCACUGCGGAAUUAGUGUUUGUGUCUAGCGAUAUUUAAACAACAUGUUUAUCAAACUGAUUUUAAUUGUUAUACAAUGGCUUGACCUGAAGAGAACUUAUUUGUUGUUGACGAUAUAUGUCCAUUCCAAACAAGUUCAUGUAUUUACUCCGCAUUUAUAAAUGGAGCAGCUGCGUUUUGGUUUAAACGAAUAAAUGUUAUUGCCCUUUA